AUGAGCCCGACGAGCAUUCUAGAUGCCCCUGUCACAGAUGCCUCAACCACCUGGGUGCCUGAGAAGCAGCCAGGCGCAGUGGCAGCAGCGCUCUGCGUCGCAUUCGCUCUCUUAGUCGGCCUCGUACUCUACCUCUUUGGAUGGAAAAAGAUUAGGAAGCAUUCUCCCCCACCACCACUACCACCUCCUCCUCCUCCUCAUCUCUCUGCGACAACGUACCAUUACCGCAGUCAACAUGACUCCCCCAACGCGUCGACCCUGAGUCACUACAACAUGCCCAGGCUGCCGAGAAAGGCGCAGAUAGCAAAGCUAACCCGCGGCAAACUCGAGUCGUUGACUGAGAUCGUGGAAGCCGAGACGUGUCCUGUUUGCUUGGAUGAUUUGGUCGCUGGAAGAGUUGUCGGGCAAUUGCCGUGCGGCCAUGUCUUCUGCUCGGCUUGCAUCGAGCUGUGGCUCCUCAAGCACGCUUACACGUGUCCUCUGUGCCGGUUCAACCUCGAAGCAGGCGAAGUGCACUCCAAACCGUGA